GUCACACCAACUGUGAGGAACUAAAGCUGUUUUAGAUAUAUUAUUUCAAACAACUGCCUUCCAUAGAGUCUCAAUUAGGAAUUCAAUCUGGUAGAUUUCCUUCCUGAGAAAAGGAAAAGCCCCAUAAUUAAAUCAGGUAUUUUUGGAUGUCGGACGUGAGCCAUGCCCAGGAGGUCGAUUUCUGGAGCGAAACCAUCAAGUCCUUUCAGCCCCUCGGUCUUACCUACCCGGAGAUCACCGUCAAACGCCUGCAGAAGCCCCCUUUUCGCUUUAUUUUCGACAUUGUGAGCGCAAUUAACGCGCGGUAUGCGGCCUACCUCCACGUCCUCCCCGCGGCCUUGACGGAUUCCGCCAAUGUUGACAGCAAAGAAAAGAAAAUCGAGUACCUUCGCAUUUUGAUAGAUUAUGUUGGGCGGCUUCUCAAUAGGACGAUCAGCGUCAAUCCGAAAAAAAUCGUCACCGGCAGUGAGCCGGAGAAGACGAAUAUCUUUUUACAAUGUUUGGCCAAGGCCUGUGGGCUUGCGCAGGAAGAUAGGGCGCAAACAAAGGCCAAGGAGGUUUGUGCGCAUUCUGAGGGCAAGAAUAAUGCUGGGCCGUCCACUGGUAAAGAGGUGGCGAAGACUUUUCUCGGGGAUUCUUUUUCGUGCUCUUUACAAGAGGCCGCCCUCCAGGGCCACGAAUUGCUCCCACGUCGGAGAAAAAAUAGUCUGACCGAGAGACAACGGCAGGAGUCCUGCACACAAGUUCUUGCGAACUCGAAGGCCUUCUCGCUCAAGCUCUCCGCGCUUUCGAUUAAUCUGAAACCGAACGAGCCACAAGAUAUCAAAGAAGUUGGAAAGGCCAUCGUACGGAUGUGGAGAGAACAGCAGAAUCCUAAUAUGGAACUCACAUCUUCACCGCUCGCGCAGGAUGCGCUGGAGAUCGCUAUUCGACGACAGAUCGAAAGGCUCAAGCAAAUACAGGAAUUAAUCAAAGAAAAUGAUGUCAUUCUUGAUAGUUUAGAGACUUUUCUUGCUUAAUCAUCGUACAAUGUUGAUCCAAUUACAAAAAAAAAGAAGAAAUAUUCAAAAAUGUAAAAUCUAGAGAAUUAUUCACACAUAUUCAGUCUUUAAUUCUAUUUUAUAUGGAUUAACAAUAUCUUUAAAUAGUUUCCUCACGUUAAAAAUGUAAAGCGAGGAAGGCAAGGAGGGAGAGGAAGGAGAGGCGGGAGGCGUGUAAA